ACCACUCGACUCUCGUUCGCCAUGAAGUUCAUCGGUGUGGCACUUGUAGUGGCUGUCCUGGUGGCAACUGCCUUUGCUGACAACUGCCCCUCGGGCUUCUCCAACCUUGGCAACAACGGUGACUUUUCGGUUGUGGACGGUACGUUUACGUACAAGGUCUCGCCGUGCGGCUCGCUCUCGUCGACCAAGUGCACCGACUCGGGCGUGGCUGUCUGCCAGGAGUGGAGCUCCGGGAUGAAGACGCUCGGCCUCUCGUCUGCCCGGACUGUGGUAACCUCGGGCUCCACCGUGACCAUCACACUCGGCGAUGGCGCCCACUCGAACACUUGCAACGCCGACAACCAGGCGCAGCUCGUCAUCGCCUGCGACGAGUCGGUCGCCGACGCCGACGUUAAGCUCACCUUUGUGUCGUCCGACAACUGCGUGUACAAGUUUACCGCCAAAGCCAAGGCUGCCUGUGGCGCGUCGACGGGCGGCUCCUCGGGCGGCUCCUCGCCGGCCAAGAAGAAGGGCGGCCUUUCGCUCGGCUCCAUCAUCCUCAUUAUCAUGCUCUGCCUCACCAUCGUCUACAUCGGCGCCGGUAUGGCCUACAACUUCCAGAUGAAGGGCCUCCGUGGCGUCGAGAUGUUCCCCAACCUUGGCUUCUGGAAGUCGUUCCCUGGCCUCGUCAAGGACGGUGUCCUCUUCACCUACGCUAAGAUCACCCGCAAGGACUCGUACUCGUCCAUCCCCUGAUUUCUGCCCAUUCUCAGUAAAGCCUUCCCCACCCUCAA